UCAACUCCUCUGUCUUGAGAUGAUGUUCCAUCACUGUGGCUUCACGUCGACGCUUCGGCUCCAUUUACCACGGAAAUACACAUCAAUCAGCCACCAGAACACCAAGAUGACAUAAAUCCCAUCAUCCAUAGACGAGUCUAAGCGGACCCCGAUAUUGGGUGUUCACUCCACCACGAAAGCACAAAGAUGUUCCGUCCAUACGAUCACCGAGAACACAUCAUGUUAAUAUCCCUGGUACUUGGGUUUCCUUUUUUGGUUUCUGCCAAGCGGUAGUACUUUGGUCCGCUUCCCAGAAGACCCUCCCUCGAUCCCGCCGUGACACUCGCUUCAUCCGAUCUUUUUGUCGUAACCUCUGAGCCGAUACUUUUAAGGUACUCACAACAUGGCGACUUUAUAUCAAGACUAUGCCUCCAAGGGUGACUACUGGGCCACUCUGUUCUCAAUAGCGCUCAUGCCUAGUUCGCCGUGAUGGCUUUUAUACGUCUUUUCACCGUUGCUCUGGCUUCACUAUGCUUCGCCACCUCAGCAGAAGCGUACCAGAGGAAGCCCUCGCCCUUCACCUUCUCUUCAACACCAAAUGGACUCCAACUCGGUGGUCCGAACCUAGCCCCAGAAAUCAGAGUUGCGCCUGAUGACUUGCCCGGUGUCAUUCGAGUUGCCAAUGAUCUCGCCGUCGACUUCGGAAAGGUUCUCGGUAGCAACGCAUCGGUCGUUAAGGCUGACUGGAAAUCAACAGCUUCCUCGAAGCCUUCCAAGCCAGUCAUAAUCAUUGGUACCGUCGGUCGGUCUACCCUUAUCGAUGGCUUAGCCGCCUCCAAGAAGCUUGAUACGACAGCUCUUGCAUCCAAGUGGGAGUCAUUCUCAUACCAAGUUGUCCUGAACCCUUGGGAUGGACAAGAGGCUGCCUUCGUCAUUGCCGGCUCUGACCUCCGCGGCUCGGUGUUUGGGGCCUACGAUGUUACUGAGAAGAUUGGGGUUUCCCCAUGGUACUGGUGGGCUGAUGUCCCUCCAACAAAACGGCAGUAUAUCUGGGCGAGUGAUCUCACUUACACGGAAGGCCCACCCUCGGUCAAGUACCGUGGCAUCUUUCUCAACGAUGAAUCGCCGGGUCUUACGAGCUGGGGUCAUGCCAAGUUCAAGGACAGUCAGUACGGCAGUCCUUUCAUCACUGACUUCUUCAAGCGGGUUUUUGAGCUGGUUCUUCGUAUGAAGGGUAAUUACGUCUGGCCUGCCAUGUGGUCCAGCAUGUUCUACCUUGAUGACACCAAGAAUGGACCAACGGCAACUGAGUAUGGAAUCUUUAUGGGGACAAGUCAUCAUGAACCCAUGGCCCGAGCAGAUAAAGAGCAAAGCAGAUUUUUGAAGGGCUCUUGGGACUGGAAGAGCAACAAGGGAGGUGUGCAGUCAUUUAUGCAAGAAGGAGCCAACAGGUCCAAGAACUGGAGCACCAUAUAUACGCUGGGAAUGAGAGGAUCGGGUGAUGCAGCUUCUGCGACUCUGACUGCUGCCGCUUUGGAGGAGGUCAUCGCCUGGCAACAAUCUGCUCUGACAAAGGCCCUCGGGAAGCCGCUGUCACAAAUCCCACAGGCAUGGGUCAUGUACAAGGAAGUACCAGGUUACUGGCAAAAAGGCAUGAAUGUCUCCGACGACGUUACGCUGCUGUGGAGUGAUGACAACCGAGGCAAUAUCCGCAGAAUCCCCAUCGGCAACGAACCGAACAGGAGCGGCGGUUCUGGCAUGUACUAUCAUUUCGACUAUGUCGGUGAUCCUCGCAACUACAAGUGGAUCAACACCAUCCAGUUGCAAAAGACUUGGGAGCAGAUGACUCUCGCCUAUGAUCGUGGAAUAGAGAAUAUUUGGAUCGCUAAUGUGGGAGAUCUCAAGGCCUUGGAACUUCCUACUGCCCAUUUUAUAGCCUUGGCCUGGGACAGGGAGAGCUUCCAGGCGGUCGACAGUACCAAGGCAUGGCUCACUGAUUGGAGCUCACGACAGUUUGGCGAAGCCGUGGCCGAAUCAACUUCUGAUACUAUGACCACAUACGGCAAGCUGACGGCUCGAAUGAAAUAUGAAGAUUUGAGCAGAACUCCAUUCUACUUUUCCACUGUCAACUACGAUGAAGCAGAAGUGAACUAUCAGGAAUGGGUCGACUUGCUCACGAAGGCUCAAGCUGUCCACGACAGCUCAUCGAGUGACGUCCAGGUCGCUUUCUUCGAGAUGGUUCUUCAUCCUGUGUUAGCGGGCAAGACAGUCUUUGAGAUAUACACCAAAGUCGCCAUGGGAAGCAAAUACGCAAAUGAGCAUCGAACUAGUGCCAAUCAGCUCGCCAAAGAAGUUCAAAUCGCCUUUUCUGCAGACUCAUCCAUUACCAAGCGCUACCACGGUCUCUUGAACGGGAAAUGGGACAAGAUUCUAAGCCAAAACCACAUCGGAUACAGCAACUGGCAAGAACCCGCUUCUCAAACACUUCCACGGUUGAGUUAUACAACCUCAGCCGCCAAAAAUGCCCUCAUGGGAGUAACUGCUCAAGGCAACACAGCCUCCUUCCCUACCACCGCAAAGCUCUCCCUUCUUCCGCUCAGCCCAUUCACACCAAAGGGCGUUGACCGAUGGGUAGAGAUAUACACUCGCGACAAUGGCACCUUCAGCUACAAGAUCACAUCCAGCGCAUCCUACAUCAACAUUACAAACUCACAAGGAAAACUUAGCGCUCCCGGUGGUCCAUCAGACGCCCGCUCACUCAUCGCAGUGGACUGGCCCUCCGCCCCAUCCGGUUCCAGCACAGCCACCCUCACCAUCACAAACACCGACUCUCCCACCGCCGUCGCAACCGUCACCGUCCCUCUGGAGAACGAAGUCAUCCCGCCGGUCUUCAAGGGCCACGUCGAAUACGCCGGAGCCAUCUCCAUCGAAGCCGAACACUUCUCUCCGCCACCCGCCUCCUCAGCCGAGUACAUGGUCGUCCCCGACUACGGUCGUACCCUCUCAGGAGUGAAGCUACCCCCCAAGACGCCCUCACAAGCAGCCGGCGGCAAAGGCCAUGUGCUGGUCUACCCCUUCUACACCUUCACCAGCGCUUCAGCAGCCACUUUGACCGUGUACCUCUCGCCGUCCGAGAACGCGAACCCCAACAGUCCGAACAAGUACAGCUUCAGCGUGGACGGAGCAAGCCCAGCGACGGUGCAGCCGGUGCCCGUUGGCGAUGGGAGCCAGCAACCCGCGGGAUGGGCGGAGGCGGUGAUUCAGAACGCGUAUGUGUCCAAGCAAAACCUGGGGAAGUUAGCGGCGGGAAGACAUGAGUUGAGAUUGUGGUUGUUGGAGCCGACGAUGGUGGUGACGAAGUUGGUGGUGGAUGUGGGUGGGUUGAAGAGUAGUUUGAUGGGACCGCCGGAGAGUCAUUGGGUUGUGUAGAUCUGGAAUCUGUAUCCAUCCUUACCUUACCGGCUUACCCGAACACGCCGGGGUACUCCCUCCCGAGUUGUCCGGGUCUAGACCCCCGAACGGACGGGAGCGAACUUGGUGCUUGGCACAUGGAAUCGGACACAAUUCUGCAAAUGACGUACUUGGUCUGUGCGCUAAUCGCCCUUUAUCACUCAGCGGAGUGGAUCU